CUCAUUAAAAUAUCUUCUUGUGUGUUAAACAGAAGGAAGAAACUCGUUCAGGUUACAUUUAUUGCGGUUGAUGUUGUUUUGUCGCAGGCGAUCGAGUCUCUGGGCGUCAUGAUCUAUAAGGCUCUGGAUUUCGGGCUGAAGGAGAACGAGGAGCGAGAGCUGAGUCCUCCGCUGGAGAAGCUCAUCGACCUGAUGACGAACGUGUCUGAGGCUGAGAGCAACUCCUGCGCUGAUGAAGGCUACGACGCCACUGAGGAAGACGAGGAUGAGCCCUGCCGGAUACGAGGCUACCGCGACAUCAUCAAGCUGUGUGCUCUUCACCUGUCCACGCCGGCAGACGCGGCCGAUCAUUACCAGGCCGUGUGUCGAGCUCUGUACGCCGAGACCAAAGAGCUGCGCAGCUUCCUGGAGAAGAUCCAGAACGCCAAAGACAACCUGUGUAAGAUGCAGGGGGAUGCUGUUGACGAACCUGGCAGGGAGCUAAACGAGCUGCAGAAUGCUGAUUGGGCGUGGCUCUGGGUGCAGCUGAUGCGAGAUCUGAGGAACGGCGUGAAGCUGAAGAAGGUGCAGGAGCGGGAAUAUAAUCUGCUUCCCAUCGAGUUCCAGCUCACGCCGUACGAGAUGCUCAUGGACGACAUCCGCUCCAAACGCUACAAGCUACGCAAGGUCAUGGUGAAUGGAGAUAUUCCUCCGAGGUUAAAGAAGAGCGCUCAUGAAGUCAUACUGGAGUUCAUCAGAUCCAGACCCCCGCUGAACCCCGUGGCGGAGCGUAAACUCAAACCGCAGGCCGAACGUCCUCCGUGUCUACAUGAGCGUAUUCUGAAGGAGAUCAAAUCUGAGAGGAAGCUGAGGCCCGUGUCGCCCGAUAUGAUCCGCAGGAGUCGAUUUGACGUCUCCUCCUCGGAUGAUGCGAGGAAGGUCUCCAGCACGCUGCCGUUGGCCAAUAGCGUGUCUCUUCAGCAGAACGGCUCCGGAGGCUUUCAGAGGAAAAGACUUCAAGCACCGACUCUGACUGAACUGGACAGCUCUGAUUCAGACGACGAGUCCUUAGGUCAAAGGUCAGCCAGCUGCUCCAGCAUCUCUACAUCCGUGAUGGACGACACGUCGCAAGAAUCCGUCCUGAGCAAGAAAACUCCGCCCAUGUUCCUCCCGAUCUCGUCCACGCCGCAGCCGGAGAGACGACAUCACGCUCAGCGCCGUCACUCCAUCGAGAAGGAAACGCCCACCAGUGUGCGUCACUUCCUGCCGCCCUCCAGACACAGCUCUAGAUCCCUAGAGGAGUUUUGUUUCCCGGUGGAGUGUCUGUCUCUGACCGUGGAGGAAGUGAUGCACAUUCGGCAGGUUUUGGUCAAAGCCGAACUGGAGAAGUUUCAGCAGUUCAAAGACAUCUACAACGCCAUGAAGAAGGGGAAGCUGUGCUUCUGCUGCCGAACGAAACGGUUUUCCUUCUUUACCUGGUCCUACACCUGUCAGUUCUGUAAAAGGCCGGUGUGCUCACAAUGCUGUAAAAAAAUGCGCCUCCCAUCGAAGCCUUAUGGCAGUCUCCCAAUUUACUCUCUGGGUCCGUCCACUUCGACUCUGAAACGGGACGCCGCCGGCCGAAAGCCAGAGAAGCCCAGCCUCCAGCGCACAGUGUCCAGAUUAUCCAAGCACAGGCGUCAGUCGUCCUCGUCUCUGGAGGAAAUGGGGCUCCCGAAAGAGCUGAUGGAAGACUGGAGCACCAUGGAGGUCUGCGUCGACUGCAAGAAGUUCAUCUCCGACAUCAUCGCCUCGAGCAAGCACAGCCUGUCUCUGGCCAACAAGAGAGCGCGCUUGAAACGCAAGACUCAGUCCUUCAUCGAUACGACGUCAGAGAAGAGCGCAGAAUACCGGCCUUCGGAGAGAACUAUCAAUGAGGUCUAGAUCUGAGGACUGUGAUACACAGGGCCGAUAAACUCUUAUAGAUGUGUAGCAGUUCUUCCACACACAGAAACACACUUCUGUCCUGUAAAACGUGGUUACGUUAGAGAAAUUAAAUUGUCUAUUGAGACUUUCAAACCAAGCAGCUUUUUGUCUUGGUCCAAUUCGUGACAGCAGCGUAUUACGCAAUAAUGUAUUCGUUCCCUCGUUUUAGUUAAAUAAGAACAAAAUGAUCAGUUCUCAUGACGUAUUCAUUUGUUCCCUCGUUUUAGGAUCAAAUUAAUACAACGUGGCGACUAUUUACUUAAAACGAGGUAGCGAAUUUUUGAUAUUAAAUGAAUAAGUAAUGAGAAACGAAUAUGUUUUUCUUGAGUCUUCGUACACAUGAGCGAAAUCACCUUCAUGUGAAACUCCUGAUUGCAUGGAUUCCUAUUGAAAUGAGGAUUUUAAUGCAAAAUUGCGCUGAGAACAUUCGUAAACAUGACUGUUCCUUAGAAAAUAGAUAGUUCGGGUCCUUGAUUCUGAUUGGUUGGCCCACGUUCGAAGCUGUUGGAAAUUACUCUACAAACAUUGCUUUGCGUACCUUACGUCUGUGUGUAAACCAUAGACUGCAUAAAAACAUGGACGUAGUUUAUCCGUGAUGUCACCCGUAGUUUUCUGAAGAGCGUUUUUGAAGCUCAAAGUGGGCGGAGCCAGGCGUCUCUCCUGGAUCAUCUAAAAUGGGCAAAAAGGCGGGAGCUGGUUGCUGAAGCCACGCCCACCUAGCUUGAUGGCUGCGGCAAUCCAACUGUCACUCAAGUGGCCAUGCACUUAAUUAUGCAGAAUUUUUAAGGCUUAAUAUAAUUUAAUAUAAAUUCACCCCACCUAACAGUUCUCACAAAGGGGAAAAGAAUAUAUAUAGACCAAAAUAAUUUUUUCUUCUUCUAUAAAGUCGGGCAUUUUAACAUGGGAUUGACUCCUUUUGCAGCCAGCCUCCAGUGGCCAGUCGAUGAAUUACAGUUUAUUUACAGUUUGGUGCUCGGUGUGUAAACGCCCCUUAGCUGUUAUAAAUUCACUGUAAACCACGGGUUCUUGGGGCUUACUGCUUCAUUAACUCAUAAACAUAUCUUACUAGGGCUUUUCACACUUGAAAUAAUUAAGUCUGAGUCAAUCCUGGGUUAUCUUCUUCUUCCACGUUUAACACGGACGUUCCUAAAUCUGAUUUGCAUAUUUGCGGUGUCGUCGUUGCUGAUUGGAUGAACGCAGGACUGUUUCCUCUGAUGCUGAAGCUGGAUUUGUUUCACGUUUGUGUAGCUGGGUGAACCAAUGGUGCUGGAAAACGUAUAUUCACAAUAAAACCGUGUCUCGUUAAUUGACAUACAGUCGUAUUAAAACAAUAAGCACAAAUACAUCACUCGACACAGAGCUGAUGGUUCAAAGCACAUCGUUUAUUUUAUUCAUGACUUUAAUAUUGUGAUGCUGGAGGGGUGUGGAUAUAUUUGUACAGCUCAUGCUUCUCAUAUCUAGGUGAGAUUUGACUGUAAAUUAUGCGUAUGUUGAUUGAGUAAUGCAAGUCGUAUGUCAGGCCCAGUUUAUAAACAUUAAGAGUUGCAUUUAUUUUUAGUAAAUGAUUAAUAAUUUAUGCGUGAUAUGUUAAGUAAUAUCCUGGGAUGUACAGCGUUUAAUCAUGACAUGUUUUUGGGGAUGAUGAUGAUGAUGAUGAAAGUUUUCAAGCGUUUGGACAAUGGAGUAUUGUAUCGUUUCAUAUGAUCUGGGGUCAAAGGUCAUUGUGAUCUUGAUUCCACAUUUAAAUCUAAUCUGUUAAUCACACAGGGCUUUUUUAAGGGCUUUUUUUAAGAGUUAUUUUUAAACUUUUUUUUUUUUAUCAGGGGAUUGUAUUUCUGUUUUUAUUAUCCGAACAGCUGAUAUACUGCAUUUCAUUUUUUAUAUGCUUUAUUUCUUUAUUUUAAGAACACAAAGAGUUGUUUUAUUAUAUUUAUUCAAGUGAAGUUUUCAAUGCAACUUCUUCCUGUUGUGUGUUCAGUAUUUUGUUAAUUGUUUCUGUCUUUCAUCCUAUAAUGUAACAAUCAGUGUUUAAUUAUACAGAAAACUUGAAUUUGUACCUGUUAAAUCAUUGCCUUUUUCCUUUAAUAAUCUGAUAUGAAGUGAGCAUGAGAGCCAGGGCUCGUUGUGAGGAUGUUGUUAGUUUGAUUCAUCAGCUGAGAGGGAAAAUGUUUUAUUCAUUAGCUCUGAAGUGUCUCUCGAUUCCUUUUAACCCAUUAUUAAUUUGCCUUAGAAAAACUGCCUUCUUAAGCACUGCAAUAUCCAUCGAGUCGAGUUAAUGUAUAGUCUGUUUACAGUAUAACUGCACAUGCAUUUUUAACAUCUGCACAAAUGCUGUAGAUUUUUAAUCUCUUGACAUGUUUGGAGCAUCACUUGAGAUCACGGAAGCUAAGAACAUGUAAAUAAAUGUGUAAAAAUGUGCAUGCAUGUAAAACAGACCAGUAACUUUUAUUUUAAAACAGUUCGGUGAGUGAUGAUCUAUAGAAUAAUAAAAUACAAUAAUAAUCAUUGGGCUGUGGAUUUUACUUAUUCAUAUAAAGAGUGAAGAUUCUUUGUAAUA